UCCCGACGCCUAACUUGUACUCGUCAAUUCUUGAAUGGCAUGGAUGAGCUGUACGUUUUUGGUUACGGGUACAAUCAACAGUUUCCGAAGACGCUAAGGCAGGACGCCCAGAAGGCGGAGUAUCUCGAUGUGAAAUCGGUUUCGACGCCGACGUGCGUUUUGAGCGCGGAAGAAAUUGUGAUAGUGUGGGCGUCGUGGUGCGAUCUGAUAAUAAUUAUCAGCGACACAUACCGGUACACCGGGACCUCCCUUCUCCCCGCGCAAAUCACUGCCAUCACCACCCUCCCCGCCUCCUUAGCCCAGACGCCCGUCUUCUUCGGCCGCCCCGACACCUCUGGCGUCCUAGGCUUCAUAACCCCCUCACGCUCUACUCUCACCAUCUUCUCCACGCCCCACGAAAUUGCCCAAGGCGCACCACCAACCCAAACAACAUCCUUCGCAUCAUCCCCACGGCUCAUCCUAGCUAUCCACUUCACCGCCAGCGACGCGGUCAUCGUGCAUAGCGCACAUCGAGCCACCAACCAAAUCACUGUUGUCGAACUUCCAUCCCUCCAGCAUGUCCACGACUUCAUCGCAAACCCUAACGCAGAAUACAUCACGAGAACGGACUUCCCUUUGGUACAAGUCACAACAAACAUUGCAACACUGACCGCCGUCUCCCAAUUCGGCACCACUCACACCCUUGCCACAGACCGCCGCUUCGCCCGCGCCGCAGGCCGCGAUCCGGACUCCAGCACCGAGACAGCACAGCCUGUCCCCUUCCUGGAGCAAACCUGGAUUACAAGAGUCGCGGCUGGAGGCCUGUACACGGCAGCUUUAGCCGAGGAUGGAGAGCUGUUCCUGUGGGGCCAAGCGAUGGCGGGUACGCCGGGGGAGCUGCGAUGUUUAGCGAAUAAGAGUGACGAUGACGACGAGUAUGUGAGGACGGUGGAUCUGGGAGAGGGCGCCAGCGUCGUAGAUUUGGCUGUCGGGGCUGGGCAUGUGCUUGUUGCUGUGGAGCGUGGAGAGAGCAGGGAGGUGUGGGCAGCAGGGGAUAAUCGGAAUCAUGCUCUGGGGCUAGGGAUGGAGAUGAAAGGGAGAGAUUUUGUGAACGAGUUUGUGGCGAUUGAAGGUUUGAAGGGAGAAUGGGUCAAGCAAAUGGUUUGCGCGGGCAUGUCAAGCUACGUGGUGGUCAAGGCUGAUAGUAUGAGAGGAAAUGACGAGUGAUGUGAGGAUGGUAAAGCGUGCAUUGACAUGAUCUUAUUUGAGCGGGUAGCUGGUGUCUUGUUCGGAGGGUUACGACUAUCGACCAGAGUUCUGCCGCAAGCGAUAUGCUCACCACGAGGUGUGCAUAUGCUGCAAGAAGCCUUGGAACCCGCGAGGGAAGUGUGCACUGUAUUCAAUGAAGCCAGGUGAUAACCUGAGUUUUAAAGCAGUGUCGAAGUCUAGCAUCGGAAGAUAAUUGCAGAUAAAAAGAGGCCGAUCAGGGCG